UCCGGUUCUGUUCCGGAGGCUCUCUCUGCUCGGAUUUCUGGAGACGCCCUCUGCACGUGGCGAGUUGCGGCAACUCCGCGACCUCACCCCUCACCGUCCGCAUGUUCGAGGAGCCGGACUGGGCCGAGGAGGCCCCAAUAGCUGCGUGCCUCCAGCCUGUAGCGUCACGGUUUCGGCCAGCGGCAGCCUCGCAAAUCAAGGGCUCCAAGCACCGCCAGCUCUUGGCCACACUACGGGUCCUGGAGGCAGCAUCUCUUUCCCACCAACCUCCUAACCUGCCUGGCAGUGACUCUGAGGAGGAGGAGGAGGUGGUAGAAAGGAAGAAGAAACGCCCCAAAAAGGCUUCAUUUGCCAGUGUCUUUACUGAAAUAGAGGAGAAAAGGAAGAAGCAGCAUCAAAAACAGCGCCUACCUGACAGUGACUCUGAGGAAAAGGAAGUAGAAAAGAAGAAGUGUCAUAAAGGGGCUCUUUGUGGCAGUGACUCUGCUGCAGAAGAGAAAAGAAAGGGGAGAUGCCAGAAACAGGCCCCUUCAAACCCAGCCCAGCACCUGGACAGUGUUGACCAAACAGGUCUCCAAGCUUGGGAGAGUAGUGCUACAGAUGACCCACCCAAGCCAAGCUCUGAGACCACUUCUCCCCAACCCCACCAGACCUUGAGUCGCAAGCAGUGGCGGAACCGGCAGAAGAACAAACGUAGACACAAGAACAAGUUUCGGCCACCUCAGCCACCAGACUCAGCUGUAGCCACAGCCCCCACAGAGGAGACAGAGGUGCCUCCUGCUCCCAUUCAAGAUAGCCAAGAGACUCGGGCAGGAGCUUUGCGAGCCCGCAUGGCACAGCGGCUGGAUGGUGCUCGAUUUCGUUAUCUCAAUGAACAGCUGUACUCAGGGCCCAGCAGUGCCGCACAACGCCUCUUCCAGGAAGACCCUGAGGCCUUUCUCCUUUACCACCGUGGCUUCCAGAGCCAAGUCAAGAAGUGGCCACUACAGCCAGUGGACCGCAUUGCCAGGGAUCUUCGCCAGCGGCCUGCAUCCCUGGUGGUAGCUGACUUUGGCUGUGGGGACUGCCGCCUGGCUUCAAGUAUCCGGAACACUGUGCACUGCUUUGACUUGGCUUCUCUGGACCCCAAGGUCACGGUGUGUGACAUGGCCCAGGUGCCUCUGGAGGAUGAGUCUGUAGAUGUGGCUGUGUUCUGUCUUUCACUGAUGGGAACCAACAUCAGGGACUUCCUAGAGGAGGCAAAUCGAGUGCUGAAGACAGGUGGUCUCCUAAAAGUGGCUGAAGUUAGCAGCCGCUUUGAAGAUGUCCGGACCUUUCUGGGAGCUGUGACCAAACUGGGCUUCAAGGUCAUCUCCAAGGACCUGACCAACAGCCACUUCUUCUUGUUUGAUUUUGAAAAGACUGGGCCCCCUCGGGUAGGGCCUAAGGCUCAACUCUCAGGCCUGAAGCUUCAGCCAUGUCUCUAUAAGCGCAGGUGAUCUCUGGACAACUUGAAAGGGGAGUCAAGUCUUGAACUCCAGGUUCAAAACUGUGAAGACCAUAACCAGCCAGGCUGUGCCCCAGGACCUGAUGCCACCCUUGCUCUGUCCCAAGAACAAAGUGUGAUGAAACCCCUGGCUCAGCCCUUCUCUCAUGAAGGAUUCUUGGUUGCAAGAAGCAUAAAAUUACUCAGGCUGGCUAAAGAAUAAGGAGUUUCUUGUGAGAACACAGGGCUGUCUGGGAAUUACGGAUCCCCUAGGUAUGGAAACUAGAUGGUUUGGAAUUUAAGGCAUCUCUGGGUUUGAUUCCUUGUUCCAUCUCAGGAGCUACAUGGGCUUUUUGUCCUGGCAUCUCUAUUCUCUUCUCUUCUGACCUGUUUGCAGACCAGCUCCCCCUGCUUACUCAUAUCUAUACUCCUUCAGCUUUGGUCUGCUCAGGUCUUCAAGGCCUCAGACAGGCAGGCAUUGCUUCUUGGCUCUGGGACAACUGGUGGCCCACUAACACUCUGGCUCAACACAUCAAUCGGGGCUUCUGGGUCAGGACUGUGUUUGUUUCUGUAUUAAGCACUUCUUUCCCCUCCGUCCUCAUCUCCAUCUUUAAAGUCACAUGGCCCAGACAACUUCCAGAAGUUAUUGUCCUGUGUAGCCUUGGUCUGUGUCUGACUGAGAGCACAGAUUUUGGAAUGAGGUGAGCCUGGGUUCAAAUCCUGGCCUGCCACUUACUGCUGAAGUCAUUUAAUCUUUGAACGUCACAUUCCUCAUUUGGAAAAUGGUAGGAUUCCUAUCUCGUGGGAUUGUAUGGGCCAACUGAGGAAAUCGAUAGCCAGGGCCAGGUACCAUGGAGGUGCUCAAUAAACAGUUGCUAUGGCUGUUAUGUCUUGUAAGCCUUAUUCUCUGAGGACCUUCUCAAGGCUGGGUUGGAUGUUGAAGGAUAAAGAAGAGAUUUGUUGAUUGAGGAAGACUCAGCUUAAUAUAGGCCUUUUGAUCAGCCUCAUUUAAUAGGACAUUUAGAGAUUCUUGAUAGAGUCUAAGCUGUCUUUGGACAGGGUUGGUGAGGAAAUUGGGUCUGUUCAUACAUAACCAUCAGUUAAUGCUUGGGUUGUUUAUUGGCAAAAGGGUCUGUCAUUUCUGCCUAGCAGCGGGCCUAGAUCAGCAUGUUCUAGGAAAGCUGUACACAAGGCUGGUGCUGGGAGAAGAUGGACUGUCUUGAUAGGUCUUUGGCUGUUCCUAAAUGGAAUCUGCCAUGAUCCCAGGCAUAAAGAUAAAAUCUUUUCUACCUAUUUCCAAGAAAAGAACUCAGCAUGACCACUGCGACACAGGUUUCAGGGUUCUGAGCCAGCUGGAUGCCUCUGGAAGAGGGUGGAGGUUCUGAGGCAGGCUGUUGGCCAGAGAGCAUGUGUGGAGGCUGCGUAGGGCCUUUGCAUGUGUACUCUCUCUCUGCUGAAUACUCCACUGACUGGCAAUCUUACUCAUGAUUCCAAACAGCCUAGUUGUUUCCUACUCCAUCAGGCCCAAAGCAGAAUGACUGUCUUCAUCUGCACUCUCAAAGUACUCCCUAAAGUGUGCAGCUUCAGCACUUAAAUGCUGCACUGUGAUUGCUGUGUGCAUUAGGGUGCAGUCUUAAGUCAUUUUGAUCUUGGUAGUCCCAGAGCUUGUUACUUGAGUUUACUUAAGCAGAUGAUAAAAGAUGACAGUCCAAUUUAGUGGGAUUGAUGGGAGCAGGAGUGUUGCAGGAACCCCAGUUUGGGGCACAUGAGAAAGCCACUGUGGACUCAUGAUAAUGAAAGAAGUAGGCAUAUGGGAGAAUCAGUAGAUAGGACUGGUAGAUAGGAUUGGUGAGAGAAAGGAGUCUGAAGUGAGUCUGGUUUCUGGCUUGAGCAACUGGGUGAGCUAGUGGUGCCAUUUGGAAAUGGUACAUAAAAGCCACAGGAGAGGUCUGUCCUAGGGAUUUGGGAAUCAGCAGCCCAGAGGUGGUAAUUAAAAUCAUAGGAAUAGAUAAGAUAUCCGGAGUAAGAUAAGAGGGGAAAAUGGCUCAUAAUAGAACUUGGAGGAGCAUUUAAUUGGAUGCAUAAGGGAAAAUGAGCCAGUAAGGAGACAGGAUGAAAAGGUUGGGCCAGAGAUGGAGGAGUAAAGCCAGGAAAGUGGAUUGUAUUUAGGUAUGUAUGUAUGUAUGUAUGUAUUUUUCACCCAAUGAGGUGUUUAUCAAUUUUAGAGAGAAAGAAAAAGGAGAGAAAGAGAAACAUUAUUGUGAGAGAGAAAUGUCAGUCGGUUGCUUCCCGUACCUGCCCCAACUGGGGAUCAAGGUCACAACUGGUAUGUGCUCUUACUGGGAAUUAAACUUACAACCUUUUGGUGUGUGGGACAACACUCUAACCAACUGAGCCACCUGGCCACCGUAGGAUAGUGGAUUUUUUAAUGUGGAAGGAAUGGGAGGGUUGUCAGCUGUUAAAUGUUGUUGAGAAAUCUGUUAAGGUGAGAGAGAAAUCUGAUUGUGGAGGGAUAAAGAUUGCUGAAUAAUAUCAACGGCCUUUUUGAAUAUAUAUUGGUAUUCAUGAAUUUAUAAUUAUACCAAUCAGCCCAGUGGUAUGGCUAUCUGCCUACUCAGGGAUCUAUGUGUAGCUCGAGAAUCUGAGCACUAAGGAAUCAUCCAGAGUUGAAACCUUGACUUGCAAAAGAAAUGAAAGCAAACAAAGGAGUUUGAAAUCAUUUAUAAGUACUCAAGGUUGUUACACUAGUAGUAAUUGAACAGUUGACCUGGGAAGAUGGGAGGCUGUGGUCAGAAAUUGGAAUGCUUGAAUUACAAAUAUUGGAAGCAGAGCAGCUGCAGGUGAUUGGCAAAAUCUAGAGUACAGCUACAGGGGUGAGUGCCUGAGAGGCAUUCAAGGGAGGUUUGCCUAGAGACUGGUUAAUGGACUGAGAGCUCAGGUAUUGUGUUGUGUAGAGUGUGGGCUAUUGUCUUUAUGGACUUUCCAGUUGUCCAGGAUGGUGGUAGAAAUUGGCAUGGAACAGGUGCCAACCUCUUGAGGGAGAGUGCAAAUCCAGGAGAUUUGCAGACAGAGAAGGAGAGACUGAUGGCAUGAAUUUCAAAAGUGCUAAGGGUUCACACAGUCCACUAAAGACUCCCAUCUGGGGGAUGAUGUGAGGCUGGUGAGCGGAGCUGGCUGCCAGGCAGCUAAGAUAAAAUACCCUGACAGUCCUCUCCACCUUGUCAGGACUCACUGGGGAUCACUGGGGAGAGACUAUUAUUAUGGCUGCUCCACAGGGGCAGGAACCUCUUGAAAUACAUGGGGAGGCAAACCAUAAUACUCAGAGAAUGUGUUGGAGUAGCAGAGCAUCUCACUGUAGGACACAUCACCUUUUACAGUUCUGUGUCUGUGUUCAUUCCCAAAUGUUAUUUAUAGUCCCAGAUCUUAACUAAUUUUCUGGGGUUUUGUUUUUUUUAACAUUCUUAGCAGAAUAGCUGGCAUCUGCCCUCCUCCUCCUUUUGUCCGCCCCCAUCCCCUUUAUAGUUUGGAUUCUUCCUUGGCCUGUUCUAGUACCAGCCACCUGAGUAAAUCUCUCUCUGAGUCUGACUCGACCCCAGGCUCACUCUAACUCAGCCCAGCACCCACUAGUGGCUCCAUCAGUCACCCAGAUUCUGAGAGCAGCACUCUCCUGAGCUGGAUCUGGGUCCUCCCUGUCCCAUCAUCAGCUUCAGGACAAGAUUUUUUUCAAGUCCCUGCUUGGACUUCAGUGUCUAAUGUUGACAGUCUAGACUGUAGAAAGAACGAUAUGUAUUUCUUUGAGAAAUAACAGCAUGCAAACUAUUUAAAGAACAAUGAGACCAGUUUAAAGAAUAAGUUGAAAACAGAUUAAAGGAGUGGCAAGAAUAAUAAGAUGCAAAUGGGAUUGGGAGAGGCUGCCCCACUGUGAAAGGCAGUGGUUCUCAAAGUUUGCAAUAGAAUUAUCUGGAAGGCUUGUUAAAAUGCAUAUUGCUAAACCCUUCUCCAGUUUCUAAUUCAGAAGAUCAGGAUAGGGUUUGAAAAGUUUUUUCUGGUUGCUUUGAUUUUUCUCAAUGAAGCAGGAAGUGGAUUGUGGGUUGAGAGUGAGAACAUGGGAAAAGGAGUUGAAGUUUGAAGGAGAGGAGAACAUGAAUAUUGUUUCUAAGAGCAAGAACAAAUGAAUUAGGGAAGUAUAGUGAGUAUGAUUGCUAGUAAUAUUAAUAGCACACUUAAGGUUUAAGGUCAGAGGAUAGGAUUGGAGACCAGUGUAAGAUUGCUUUCUAGAGAGCUUGUUACUGUGAGACAGAGGACAGCUAGAUUAUCAGAACCUACUCACUUCUUGAGGGGUGGGCUGGUUUCUGACCUUUUACCUCAAGUCUAAUUGGGGACUCCACUAGGACCCUUUGGGACACUUGAAGUAUUGAAUCCCACAGCCAAGGAAUGAUAAGCUUGUAGUCUGACUCCUGCUCUGGAAAUGUAGAAGGCAAGCAGAAGUUCACUGACUGUUUUGAUGGUAGAGUGAGAUAAAUGCCGCUGCUUAUGCAUUGGCCUGCUUUUCCA